CAGCUAUUCUUCAGUCCAAACCUUAGUUUGGAUCUUACAGUUCUAAACAAAUAUCGAUUGGUCGAAGUUGUUUGGCUAUCGCUUCGCGGAUUUUAAUUGCUGUUUCUGAAAAUAUUUGGUCGUUUCUCUCGUGAUGCCGAACACUCGUCAAAGAAAGUCAAGUUCAAAGCUCGGUGCUAAUGGAGCUAAACUAAAUGAUGGAUCCCCUCUUACAAAGCAAGUACCUUUUGAUGUCCUUAAGUGUCAUGGUUCAGACUCAAGUAGGGUUGAUUAUCAUGAUAGUGAGUCUAGUUGUGAUUUAGUGGCAGAUGACGUGGAAAAUCCUAGUUCAGAUGUAAAGCAAGCGAAGAGCGUCAUGCCUGUGACACCUUACGUAUGUUUAGAGUUACCAAAGGUUGAAUUAAGUUAUUUCGAUGGACAGCCAAAAGAGUACUGGAAGUUUAUAAGGCAGUUUGAAACCUACGUAGCGUCAAGAGUCAUUGAUGAUAGCCAACGUUUGCUCUAUUUGAUACACUAUUGUAAGGGUAAAGCAAAAUCUGCUAUCGAGGGUUGUGUCAUGAUGAAAGCAUCUGUUGGUUAUAAGCGGGCCAGAGAAAUUCUAAAACGUUUGUUCGGACAGUCGCAUGUAAUCGCUCGAGAAACCUUAGAAGACUUAUUCAAUACAGUAAAUGUUGAUUGUAAUGACGCAGAGCAGCUAUCGAACCUGGCUAUGAAAAUGGAAAAUUGUGCUAUGAUCUUGGAACAGAUGAAUUAUACUGCUGAUCUAAAUUCUUUAGUUACUUUAGAGCGAAUAGUCAGUCUUUUGCCUCACUCUAUGCAAGUUCAGUGGGCGGACUUGGUAGAUAAAUUGACUGAAGACGAUAGAGAACCAACGUUUGACGAGCUCACUGAGUUUAUAGCAUCUCGUGCGAGAGUAGCCAGUAGUAGAUUUGGACGGUUGGCAAAUCGUUCAAAAAGGGGACAUAACGUAAAGACGAGUUGUCACUUACAAUCGGGGCAGUGGAAUGGUUCGACCACAAAAAGUAAAUGUAGUAUAUGUUCCGAUGACCACUCUGUUUAUAAAUGUCCACGAUUUUUAGCGCUUACAGUUCAAGAACGAUGGUCUCACGCAAAGAGCAAGGGUAUCUGCUUUGUUUGUCUUAGGCAAGGACAUAAAGCUAAUGAAUGUAAACUGACAGAGCGCUGUAACGUUGAUAGGUGUGGGAAAAAACACCAUUCUCUGCUGCAUUGUGAUUCAACAACCGACGGCGCAAGUGCUAAACCUGGUACUCAGAAUUAUUGCGGAUAUACUAAAUCACUAAAUAGUCAAGUGUGUUUAGGAAUGAUUCCUGUGCGGUUGAGGUCCGAAAAUGCCGAAAUUGUGGGUUAUGCUCUGUUGGAUAACGGUUCUGAUGUAACGUUGAUUAAAUCAAACUGUUUGAGGUCUCUCGGGCUGAAGGAAGACCAAGCGUCAGUGGUAGUUGAGACUGUGGGUGGUAAUAGAACAACAAAGGUCACGAAUACGCCUUUUGAAGUAUAUUCUUUAGAUCGAUCUGAACAUAUUACGAUUGAAGGAGCUCUGAUUGUGGCAAGUAUACCAGGGCAUAAACCAACGAAGUCGGCAAUGAACAAUCUAGUUAGGUGGCCGCAUUUAAGUGAUGUACCAAUAAAUAAUCUGGACUAUGGAGAAGUUCUACUGUUAAUUGGUUGCGACGUGCCGGAAGCACAUUGGGUGUUAGACCAGCGGUUGGGCGAAAGGAAAAAGCCGUACGCUGUGAAAACGUUGCUAGGGUGGACUGUCUUUGGACCUGCAUCAUACCCGGAAUUUAGGAAAAGAGUUGUUAAUCUUACUAGUAAAGUACAGACAUUGGAAAACCAAAUACGUAAGCUUUGUGAUGUGGAAUUUGCAGAUGUCUAUUCAGGUGAUAAAUCAGUAUCGGUAGAAGACAAGGCGGCCAUAGAGAUUGUGGAAAGAAGCACGCGCUUCGACAAUGGGCAUUUUGUAGUUCCUAUACCAUGGAAAAAGAAUCCAAACAUGAAAGUGGGGAAUUAUGAAGUAGCAAACAGUAGAUUACAGAGUUUGAAGCGAAGAUUGUUGAGGGAUGACAGUCUGCACAUCAAGUAUACGAAAAGUAUUGAAAGUAAUUUUGUUAAGGGCUAUGCGGAGAAGGUCCCUGAAAUACACUUGCAGCCUAAUUACCACCCCCGAUGGUAUUUGCCUCAUCAUGCCGUGUUAAAUCCGAAAAAGCCAGAAAAACUUAGAAUGGUCCUCGAUUGUGCCGCCAAGUUUUCAGGCGUUUCCCUAAAUGAUAUGAUUUAUCAAGGACCCGACACCACCGCUGAGCUAGUGUGUAUAUUAUUGAGUUUUCGCAAGGAGGCAGUUACAAUCUCUGCAGAUGUUGAGGAAAUGUUCAUGCAGGUGAAGGUCCCUGAGUCUGAUCGAGGAGCUUUAAGAUUUCUGUGGUGGCAGGAGGGAGACAUGUCGAGGGAGCCAUCUGAAUUUCAAAUGACCUCUCAUCCAUUUGGUGCCACGUCAUCUUCGAUUUGUGCGAACUUUGCCAUGAUUAAGACAGCUCAAACAUUCUCUGAUAGUUAUGAUCGGUAUGUCGUAGAUGCUGUCAAGAACAAUUUCUAUGUUGAUUGCUUGAUAUCAUUUUCUACUUGCGAUCAGGCGAAGGAGUUUGUUAAGCAGAUAACUGAAUUAUUACGUAAAGGAGGUUUUAAAUUAAAGAAAUGGGUCACCAACUCGGAAGAAGUGUAUGGAGAAUUAUUUAGUGAAUUUAAAACCACAGUAAAGUAGUUAGUCAUAAUGAUCUGAAAGAAUUGUCACCUAUAAUACUGGACGGGUUAAUCUGUGUUGGAGGUCGCUUAAGCUACUCAGAUUUCUCCGAUGCUUUUAAACAUCCAAUAAUUUUACCCAGUCGACACUUGGUGACGGAAAUGAUAAUUAGACAUUAUCAUAAAGAACAAGGGUACACAGGAACGUCUCAAGUACUGGCCACAAUUCGAAAAAGCUAUUGGAUAGUAAAAGGAACUAGCAUAGUUAGAAGAGUGAUAGGAAAGUGUAUGACAUGCCGACGGUUUACGAUGAAUUUAGGACAACAAUUGAGGGCACCGCUUCUAGUUUGCAGAGUGCAACAAGGCUGGUAUAGUUUCUCAAAUGUAGGGGUAGACUACUUCGGACCUUUCUUAGUCAAAAGAGGAAGGUCAUUAGAAAAAAGAUAUGGAUGUGUAUUUACUUGUUUGCAAACCAAAGCAGUACAUAUUGAAGUGACGUAUAGUUUGAAUACUGAUUCCUUUAUAAUGGCCUUAUUACGUUUUAUUGGAAGAAGAGGGAAACCUGCAGAAAUUUACAGUGACAAUGGGUCAAAUUUCGUGGGUGCAGUCACUGAACUAAGGAAAUUUGUGAAACAGUUUAAUCAGCAGAAGAUAAGUAACGAGCUGUCAGCGAGGCAGAUUCAAUGGCAUUUUAACCCGCCCUCAUCCAGCCACAGGGGUGGAGUAUGGGAAAGGAUGAUUAGGUCUAUACGCCGACUGUUAUUGUUGAUCACCAGAGAACAGACUUUAACUGAUGAGGCUUUAGGCACUUAUUUGGUCGAAGUAGAAAGAAUACUGAACGAUCGACCCUUAACUCCAGUUAUCCAAGAUGCUAACGAUAAGCUAGCCUUAUCGCCAAACACUUUGCUGUUAUUGAGAGAAUGUGACGGAAUAGUAGAUGAAGGUAGCGUUCGAGACAAAUAUGACAAACGUUCGAAACAGGUCAAUUAUCUAGCUAAUGUGUUUUGGAAAAGGUGGUUAAGAGAGUAUUUACCGUCCUUACAAAAACGUCAAAAAUGGUUUACUGAACAUCACAAUUUUCAAAAGGGAGAUGUAGUAAUCGUGACCUCGGAUAUUUCGACCCGUGGAAAUUGGCCCUUGGGAGUAGUUGAAGGUUGUGAAAUAGAUAACGACGAAAAGGUUAGGACGGUUACUGUUCGUACGAAUAAUGGAUUAGUUAGAAGAGAUAUACGUAAGGUAUGUCUUCUUGAAGGUUCGAAUUAGUUCUUUGCUAUUAUCAAGGUAGGUAGGUCGAGUAGGCGUACUGUUGUAAGUCCUGCUCGUUCCUGUGUAGUAGAAUAUGUUGUGGUAUGAACCAUGACCAUAGGCAUCAAGGUGGCUUGUGUUGUAUGGAGGAAUUUUGUGGGCCGGUGUAAGAUCCAUUUUGAAUUAUUUGUGUGUGAAAAUCCCUCCAUGUAUACACUUGCAGUUUAUUCUUAUUGAUACCUUUGGUUGUACAUUUUUAUUAGUCUUUUUCAUUCCAUUUGAGUUAAUAGCAUUUGUAUUUUAUUAUAGUUUUUAUUUUUCUUACGCCUUCACUAAGUUUCCGUUUUUUUUCUGAACUGCAUUUAUGUUGUUUGACUUGAUACCUAUUCUUGGCGGCAGCUAUAUUGGGUUGUUCCUCCCUUUGAUUGUGUUGCGUGCAUUGACUGGAAUUGUGCAUUUUUGAUUGUGAGUUGAAGCACUCUUCCAGAAUUGAAAACACUUGGUGUUGUAAAGCAACCAAACAUUAUCUUUUGAACGAAUCUGUGUGUGAUCUAUCCAGACAGGAUAGAAUAACAUUUAAUUGUUGCGAUUGAUUUGAUUAAUUGAACUACUGUUGGUUGGAUAGCUGGGUGGUUAUAUUUGUUUAGAACCGUCAUUUCACCCGAUUACUUUGUUUUGGUUUCAAACGGGCAAGGGCGCGUAUCUAACCCACCAAGACAGCUAUUCUUCAGUCCAAACCUUAGUUUGGAUCUUACAUCCAGCAUAUCCAAUUUAUUUUCAGGCGGCUGUGGUGUUUGUAUGACCUAGUGAUUCCUUCAAAAUCAAUGUUUAUGGUAUGUAGCAAUCAGUUUUCUAUUCACCGUCUGUACGUUGAAAACAGGUUUGCGCAGACGGUCCUUAAAUCUGGGAAGAGAACGCUAACUAUUGAGCCAGUGCCGGUGAGAUAACAAACGUUUGUCAUCAGAUUAGGCAGCUAUUUUCGUUGAUUGCAGUUGUCGUUAACAGGUGUCAAUGAGAAGUUUUACAGAAGGGUUUUCCAUUUCAGACUAUUUGAAAAUUAUGAAGCCACAGGGUUCCAUACAAUUUCUUGAAGACUUACUGUAUUUAUUGUAGUACCAUCAAUCAGAAUCAUUUGUCCUCGUGGUCUAAAAACAGAACUACAUCGUGGUGGGCUUCUUCAACGAGUAUGAGAGCUUCUACGAUUAGGAUGAAUACUAAGAUAACGUAUCAGAGUAUGAUGGAGACCUGUGACGUUAUUUUGUGUUGUUUGAGGUCUUUUCUUGACAGAAUAAACCUUGGUGUUGGAGGUUAUUGUGAUCCUUAGAAUCUAGUCGACAGUUGGAGCUAGUUCAUAUACGGCGUUAUUUUGGAAUGAGACAAGGACUGUCCGAGUCUUUUGGGAAAGCUUAGAUAAGAGCUGUUCAAGCAGGCUCUUGUCAUAGAUCCGUUGAACAAUUAAAGUAACCUACUUUAUUUUGUCGUGUAAUGAAAGGUUACCUCAUCUCUACUUUAGGUACCUUGAAUAACAAGUUAAGUGACGACAUACAUCAUCUUUCUGCUUCACAGAGAAUCGAUCCUCUGUGUAAACAUAUCGAUAGGGGCCAGAAACACUGAUCGCAUAAACUUAUGUUGGAGUUCCGCUUUUGCCAACUCACUGUCAACUAACGGAAGGCUCUAUGCAAAUACGUGGUGCAAGCUUCAUACAUGAACGCUUUUGAGGACACUUCAUAGCCUCUGUAUAGGUCAAAAACGCGGUACCUUCAUCUCUAACAGCUGAUGUUGAGGAUCGCGCUUUUCAAACGGGAAGUUUAGUUCUAACGUGGUUUGCACUUCUCGAACAUUUUCUGUGAUCUUACGCAACAAAAGUACCACUUCUGAUCUAAAGAAUCUAUUCUAAGAUAUACGUUCGGCAGAUUACUUUUUUUCCGGGUUUUGCCCAGUUUAAUAGUUAACUGUGUUUUUGCCUCAGCUUACUGUUCGGUUUUUUCAGUUUUUCACGUAAAGGCUAGUUCAGUUUAUCUCAUCCUCUUUUAUCAAUUUUUCACGUUUUAGUGUGCUUUUUAGUGUAUUUUUAACGACCUUAAGCUCUUGCUAGCAUCUAUAAUACGCUUUACGUCAACACGUCAUGAAAAAUUCAUGCAAACGAUCUGGAUGCCGUUUCACUGUAACAUCUGUCAUGCAGUGCCACAACUUCAAAGGUUGGUUCCGUGAAUCGAGCACAGAUAUCACAGCAACUGCUUACAACAGACUCAGCAAGUCGGAUCAUAAGUGGGCAUGUGUUACGUGCUGCACCGAUGCUGUAGUUUUGCUGAGUAACAUCAUCGUCCUAUUGACAGGUCUGCGGAAUAAGUUGUCGGCUAACUUGGAAAAAGACGGUCAUAAUACAAGUAGGCGAACAAGAACGCGCAACGAAAAUAAGAAUAAGGAUGCCGAAAGGUCUGUAGUGGCAUUGAGCCGUAACACGAGACAAACUGGAAAAUGGACAUUCAACAUUAAACGCUGGGAAAUACCGAACAAUGAAGAAAGGCGGGAACAGUGAAUUGAAUUAAUACGAGUUAAUCUUAUGGUAUGGCUCGACCAUGCAGGCGUUGUCCCUCCUGCUAAAUGUUACGUUAUGUCUUUUAUUCAUAUUAAAUAUAUUGUUCCAUCUCU